CAGCUGGCGAGCCUGCCCCUGCCAGGCGGAGCAGGCGGUGCCGGGCCACCGGCCGCAGCCGCCAAAGAUGUGCCCCGCUCGGGCGCUCCCGCGCUGAGUGUGAGGCGAGCCCUCCAUCGCCUGCCCGCCAUGUCUCAGCUGCUGCACAUUGAGAUCCCCAACUUCGGGAGCACGGUGCUCGGCUGCCUCAACGAGCAGCGGCUGCUGGGCCUCUACUGUGAUGUGUCCAUCGUGGUCAAGGGCCAGGCUUUCAAGGCCCACCGCGCCGUCCUGGCCGCCAGUAGCCUGUACUUCCGCGACCUGUUCAGCGGCAACAGCAAGAGCGCCUUCGAGCUGCCGGGCACCGUGCCACCCGCCUGCUUCCAGCAGAUUCUGUCCUUCUGCUACACGGGCAGGCUGACCAUGGCGGCCAGCGAGCAGCUCGUGGUCAUGUACACGGCCGGCUUCCUGCAGAUCCAGCACAUCGUGGAGCGCGGCACAGACCUCAUGUUCAAGGUGAGCUCGCCCCACUGCGACUCGCAGACCGCCAUGAUCGAGGACGCCAGCUCCGAGCCCCAGAGCCCCUGCAACCAGCUGCAGCCGGCCGCCCCCGCAGCCCCCCCCUACGUCGUGUCCCCCUCCGUGCCCAUCCCGCUGCUGACCCGCGUGAAGCACGAAGCCAUGGAGCUGCCGCCGGCCACCGGCCCGGGCCUGGCCCCCAAGCGCCCGCUGGAGACGGGGCCCCGGGAUGGCGCCGCCGCCGCGGCGGGCACGGCCCCUCUCAAGCUGCCCCGGGUCUCCUACUACGGGGUGCCCAGCCUGGCCACCCUCCUCCCCAGCAUCCAGCAGGUGCCCUACUCCCAGGGGGAGCGGACCAGUCCGGGCGCCAGCAGCCUGCCCGCCACCGACAGCCCCACCUCCUACCACAACGAGGAGGACGAGGAGGACGACGAGGCGUAUGACACGGCGGCCGAGGAGCAGUACGGCCACGCGUACGCCAAGGCCGCCGGCAGCUACGCAGUGCAAGAGAAGCCAGAGCCUGUGCCCCUGGAGAGCCGCUCGUGUGUCCUCAUCCGCCGCGACCUGGUGGCCCUGCCCGCCAGCCUCAUCAGCCAGAUCGGGUACCGCUGCCACCCCAAGCUCUACUCAGAAGGGGACCCUGGCGAGAAGCUGGAGCUGGUGGCAGGCUCCGGAGUCUACAUCACACGUGGUCAGCUGAUGAACUGCCACCUCUGUGCAGGGGUGAAGCACAAGGUCUUGCUGCGACGGCUCCUCGCCACCUUCUUUGACAGGAACACGCUGGCCAACAGCUGUGGCACUGGCAUCCGCUCAUCCACCAGCGACCCGAGCCGCAAGCCGCUGGACAGCCGGGUCCUGAAUGCUGUGAAGCUGUACUGCCAGAACUUCGCCCCCAGCUUCAAGGAGAGCGAGAUGAAUGUGAUCGCUGCAGACAUGUGCACCAACGCCCGCCGCGUCCGCAAGCGCUGGCUGCCCAAAAUCAAGUCCAUGCUGCCCGAGGGCGUGGAGAUGUACCGCUCGGUCAUGGGCUCCUCGGCCGCCAGUGCAGCCCUCGACCCCGACUUCCCGCCCGCCGCGGCGCAGGUGUUCGAGCAGCGCAUCUACGCGGAGCGGCGGGGUGACGCCGCCACCAUCGUGGCUCUGAGGACUGACGCCGUGAAUGUCGACCUGAGCGCCACCGCCAACCCCACGUUCGAGGCUGGCGAGGAGGCGGACGGGGCAGGCUCCGUCAUCCAGGAGGUGGCCGCGCCCGAGCCACCGCCCGCGGCCGCCCAGAGCCCCCCGCAGCCCUUCGAGCAGGGGGGCGCCAGCUCCAGCCGGCCGCAGACGCCCGCAGCGGCCCGGAGACCGGAGGCGGCCUACGCGGGGACCUUGUAGAGGAGCCGCCGGCCCCGCGGCCCGAAUUCCAGCUGCUUGCAUGCGUUACUAAUACCACAAAUGUGAUCAAGCCACUUACCUACGGAACUGCUACUGUUGCCUGAGAAAAAUGUGAUUUUUAUUCUGCUUGUAUUUAAAGUUUAUGAAG